CCCGCCCGGCCCGGCCCGGCCGCUUCUCCCCGGCCCUGCCCCGGCCAUGGCGCUGCUGCGGGCGGCCGCUCUGCCCGCCGAGGGCUGCCCGGCCUGGCUCCCCACACACGUCCAGGUGACGGUGGUGCGGGCCCGCGGGCUGCGCUGCAAGGGCGGCGGCGGCGGCGGCAAAGGCAAAGCGGGCGGCAGCGACGCGUACACCGUGAUCCAGCUGGGCCGCGAGAAGUACAGCACCUCGGUGGCCGAGAAGAGCGGCGGCAGCCCCGAGUGGAGGGAGGAAUGUGCCUUCGAGCUGCCCCCCGAGCCCGGGGCCUGCCCGGGGCUGGUGCUCACCGUGAUGCACCGGGCUCUGGUGGGCAUGGACCGGUUCCUGGGCCAGGCCCUGGUGCCGCUGGAGCCCGGCCGGCAGCGGGGCCGCGAGCCCGACGAGCGGUGGCACAAGCUGCACUCCAAGGCUGGGAAGAAGGAGAAGGAGCGUGGUGAGAUCCUGGUGAGCAUCCAGUUCACCCGGAACAGCCUCACCGCCAGCAUGUUCGACCUGUCCGUGAAGGACAAGCCGCGCUCGCCCUUCGGCAAGCUGAAGGACAAGGUGACAGGCAAGAAGAAAUACGAGCUGGAGUCGGCCUCUGCCAUCAUCCCCAGCAGCAUGGGAGCCCUGGACAUGGAGGAUGACUUCGAGCUCGGGGGCAAGAAAUCCAAAGUCAAGGGUUUCUUCCUGAAGAGCAAACUGCGCAAGUCAUCCCUGACCCAGUCCAGCACCUCCCUGGGCUCUGACAGCACCAUCUCCUCUGCCAGCCUGAGCCUGGUGGCCAAUGCCCCCGAGGUGGCCAGGUCCCCGAGCAGACACGGCAGCCUGUCCACCGAGCGCUCCGUGAAGGAGCUGCUGUCCUCCCCGAAGCCGAGCCACAAGCGAGCGUUGAGCGACGACGUGUCCCAGCUGAGCCCCGCGCCGGAGGCCGGAGCCGCGCACGGCCCCAGGCCCGCGGGCGACGCCGCGUCGCGCUCGUCGCUCUGCAUCAACGGCAGCCACGUGUACGGCGAGGAACCCCCGAGGAACCCCCCUGGAGCUGCCCCACCAGCCCUGCCCCGCCGCCAGGACCAGCCUUUCACCUUCUCCCCCCUGCACCCCGAGCCCCGCGAGGCGCCCUGGGGCGGCCUGGACAGGGCCCAGCAGAGGGACGAGCACAGGUUCAUCCCGUCCCCUCCCAGCCUGGCCCUGCAGGAAGAGCUCAAGGUGUCCACCAAGGCCGUGACCCUCAGCAACCACCUGGGCAGGGCCAGGAUGGAGGAGAGCGCCCGCCUGGAGGGCAAACCCACGCAGGCCGCGGCUCCUCUGGGCUUCUCCUCGGAGCUGGCCAAGGACAAAGCGCCCGAGGACGCCAGGAAGGAGGAGAAGAAGGCCAAGGGAGGCUUCUUCCACCACGGGGGCGGCCGGAGCGACGCGGGGGGCAAAGGCCAGGGGGACAGAGGGACCCCCGUCCACGCCUCGGCUGCGGGGGAUGACGGGAGUAAGAACAGCGGCUGGUUUGGGUCCAAGGAGCCCAAAGAGUCACCCCAGAAAGCCAGUUUCCCGCCUGGGCCGCGUGCUGCACCAGAGGUCGCUGGGAGCUUUUAUUCCUCUGAGGAUUGCGGUCCCUCUGCCUCCCCAAGGCAGGCAGAGCCCGACAGGGAGUGUCCGGCCCAAAGCGUCGGUGUCCCCGUGCCAGAAACAACUCCCCCAGCACCGGGAGAGCUCCCUCCUGCCGACAGCGGCCCCGCCGUCCCCCCACUGCCCUCGGAGUGGGACGACACCUUCGAUGCCUUUGCCACCAGCAGGCUCAAGCCAGAGCGGAAGAAGGAGAACUUCUUUGCCUCGAUGGCGGCAGAGGGCAUGGCUUUCAUCGACGACCCCGACAGAGCCAGCCCCGCGGACAGAGCCAGCCCCACGGAGCCGCCCUGCCACAAGGGCUCCAAAGCGUUUGAAAAGGCCGAGGCGCCCGUGGGCGCUGAAAUCCCCGCAGCUCUCCGCUCUUGGACAAAUUUCUCCAGUUUAGACGUGGGGGCCAACCUGGUGAGCACCACGCAGGAGGCCACGGUGAUCGAGGACGUGCUGAGCCCCGUGUCCGCGGGGUCCGUGGCCAGGAGGAGGAAGAGCAGCACGCCCACGGUGUGGACGGCCGCCUUUACCUCGGGCACCCCCGGGGACCAAGAGGCGUCGGCAGCACUGAGCGGUGCCAGCGGCGCUAGGGAGGAUGGGGACAGCGCCAAGGAGGAGCCCUGCAGCGCGGGGACGAACGGCUGGAUGACCAUAGCCACGGAAACCGCCGCUGACCCCUCCGCGAGCGCGGCCGAGCAGCGCGCGCUGCCCGACGGCUCCUUCGGCCCGCGGCCGCCCUUCCUGGGCGAGGGCGCCUUUGAAGCGCAGAGCUCGUCCCGUGUGUUACCCAGGAGCUCCUUCCCCGCCGAGCUGGCCCCGGAGGCCCUGCCGGGCGGCACCGUGGCGGCCGUGCCCCCGCGGGUGCUCGGGGACGCGGAGCCCGGGGGCGGCCGGGAGGGCGCCUUGGACAUCCGCAGCUCGGUGUUCCGGCUGCAGGCCAGCAUGCGGCUCGAGGCCAGCGACGGCCUCCUGACGCUCAGCUCCGACAUCCGCGAGAGGCGCGUGGUGCUGUCCCCGUGGGCAGCGCCCCACGGCCGCCAGGAGCCCGGCCCCGCCGUGCCGCCCCCCAAACCCCCCAGGUGGUUCGCAGCCGCGGGAGCCGUGGGGGACGGCGAGCAGGGGGAGCCCGGAGGCGCCCAGCGAAGCGAACAGGAGCAGUGGGAAGACUCAGAGGGCCCGAGAGCAGAGAUGGAAUUGCCAGGGAGCCGUGGGAGCAGCGAGCCCCCCGUGCUGGCGCCUCCCGGGCUGCCCACGCCGGGAGCGGACGCCGGGAGCGAGUUCCCAGCGUCCGAGGGUGCUGGAGCUGCCGCUGCGGACUCAGGAGCCGGCGAGCUGGGCACAGGGGACACCUCUGUGGGAGAACAGCCAUCGGAGAUGAACGAGACAGGGGUGGCCGAGCAGUUUGAGACUUGCACAUCCAAGUUCUCCCUGGAUGGACUGGACCGGUCGGGUGCUGAGGAGAGCUGGAGCCAGCCCCGUUUAUCCCCUCAGACACAGGGUGCCACAGACAGUGCCACGUGGGAAAUGACCUCCAAACAGGAGCUGUUCCCAGAGGAGCUCAGUGUUUCACAACUAAACCCACCUUCCAAGCCAGACCUGGGCCAGCCGGCCAGCUGGAUGGCUCUGGAAGAGCAGGAGGCAGCUGGACAUCCACACCCACGUCCCCAAAGGUCAGAAGGUGUGGAGAGUCCGUCCCAGCUGGAGCUGGCGUGCGAGGACGCUGAGGGGCGAGCAGGAGAGCGGCCCCAGCGCCGUGCUCCUGCCGAGGAGGCAGAGCGGGGCAGGAGCGAGGGGCGCUCGGCAGAGAGCAGGAUAGACUUCAAGAGAGCCGAUUUCUGGAAGCCAGAUAGGGCAGAGGAGAGGCGCACCCCGGGAGCGUCAGCCCCGAGAAAUCCCUUUACCCUGGCGCUGAGCCCGAGCUCCCCGAGCAAUCCCUUCGUGGAGAAGCCCCCAGCCCCUGUCCCCAUCCAGGCUGUGCUGCCCGAAAAGCUUGAGCAGGGCGACUUCAGCUUCUGCAGCCUGCAGGAGGAAGCCCCCGGGCACGGCUUGCAGCCCACUAACGCUACCCCCCUGCAUGCCAGCCAGCCCCUGGCCUCCUCCACCCCUUUCCUCGUGGCUGCCACUAACCCCGAGCCGUGUGGCCACCCCCGGGCCCCCGCGGGGGUCCCCGCCAGCCGUGCCGCAGCCCGGCCCUGCCCGCAGCCCGGGGACGCACAAGCUUCAGCGCUCCUGGUUCUGCCCAGGGAGACACGGCCGGCUGAGAAGCCCCUGUGCCAGCAGACGACCAGCCCCCACCCCGUGAAGCCCCUGAGCGCUGCCCAGGACGGCUCCAGCGACAGGAGGCAGCAGCACAGGGCCAGCCUGAGCUCGGCGCUGAGCAAUGGCCUGGAGAGGCUGAAGAUGGUGACCACGAGCAGCGUCCAGCCCGUGGCCCCGGCCCCGCAGCCCGACAAAAGCGAGCCCAAGUUAAAGCAGGAGCCUGGCCAGCUGGACCAGUCAGCCAAGUAUUACCACCUGACCCACGACGAGCUGAUCCAGCUGCUGCUGCAGAAGGAGGGCGAGCUGAGCAAGAAGGAGGAGCACAUCCAUGAACUGGAGAACUACAUUGACCAGCUGCUGGUUCGCAUCAUGGAGCAGUCCCCCACCCUGCUGCAGAUCCCUCUGGGUGGGGGCCAGGCCCCUUGAGGCC